CUAGGUGCACUUUACUCGGACCAAGGCAAGAUGCAAGAGGCCGAGAAGAUGUACUUGCGGGCGCUUCAAGGGAAGGAGAAGACGUGGGGCCCGGAUCACACGUCGACACUCGAUACGGUCAAUAACCUAGGUCUCCUUUACUCGGCCCAAGGCAAGAUGCAAGAGGCCGAGAAGAUGUACUUGCGGGCGCUUCAAGGGAAGGAGAAGACAUGGGGCCCGGAUCACACGUCGACGCUCUCCACGGUCAACAACCUAGGUGCACUUUACUCGGACCAAGGCAAGAUGCAAGAGGCCGAGAAGAUGUACUUGCGGGCGCUUCAAGGGUACGAGAAGACGUGGGGCCCGGAUCACACGUCGACGCUCUCCACGGUCAACAACCUAGGUACACUUUACUCGGCCCAAGGCAAGAUGCAAGAGGCCGAGAAGAUGUACUUGCGGGCGCUUCAAGGGAAGGAGAAGACGUGGGGCCUGGAUCACACGUCGACACUCGAUACGGUCAAUAACCUAGGUCUCCUUUACUCGGCCCAAGGCAAGAUGCAAGAGGCCGAGAAGAUGUACUUGCGGGCGCUCCAAGGGUACGAGAAGACGUGGGGCCCGGAUCACACGUCGACACUCUCCACGGUCAACAACCUAGGGAACCUUUACUCGGCCCAAGGCAAGAUGCAAGAGGCCGAGAAGAUGUACUUGCGGGCGCUUCAAGGGAAGGAGAAGACGUGGGGCCCGGAUCACACGUCGACACUCGAUACGGUCAAUAACCUAGGUCUCCUUUACUCGGCCCAAGGCAAGAUGCAAGAGGCCGAGAAGAUGUACUUGCGGGCGCUUCAAGGGAAGGAGAAGACGUGGGGCCCGGAUCACACGUCGACACUCGAUACGGUCAACAACCUAGGUCUCCUUUACAAAGCCCAAGGCAAGAUGCAAGAGGCCGAGAAGAUGUACCUGCGGGCGCGUCAAGGGUACGAGAAGACGUGGGGCCCGGAUCACACGUCAACACUCAACACGGUCAACAACCUAGGUGCACUUUACUCGGACCAAGGCAAGAUGCAAGAGGCCGAGAAGAUGUACUUGCGGGCGCUUCAAGGGAAGGAGAAGACGUGGGGCCCGGAUCACACGUCGACACUCGAUACGGUCAACAACCUAGGUGCACUUUACUCGGACCAAGGCAAGAUGCAAGAGGCCGAGAGAAUGUACUUGCGGGCGCUUCAAGGGUACGAGAAGACGUGGGGCCCGGAUCACACGUCGACACUCAACACGGUCAAUAACCUAGGGAACCUUUACUCGGACCAAGGCAAGAUGCAAGAGGCCGAAGAAAUGUACUUGCGGGCGCUUCAAGGGAAGGAGAAGACGUGGGGCCCG